CGGUCACACUUACCACGAGUUUCGUUUUGGUCUAAGAAAUGGAGAUUGACUUGGGAUUUGCGGAAAAGAGCGACAAUGGCGCCUGGCUGAGCAACCGCUACUUCCCCAGCAAACUGGGUGGCCAGCCCGCCUGGCUGGAACUGGAGGCCUUGCCGCCCACGUCGCAGGUGCAGUGCAGCAAGUGCCGGGCGCCCAAAUCCUUCCUGGCUCAGCUAUACGCUCCCUUCGAGGACGAGUUCAACUUUCAUCGGUCCAUCUAUGUGUUCCUGUGCCGGAAUGCCGACUGCCAGGAGCCCCAAAAUGCCAGCAAUUUCACAGUCCUGAGGUCACAGUUGCCGCGAAAGAAUAAGUUUUAUUCGGAGGAGGAGCCAAGCGACGUGGGUCAACCCCUGCCCGCCGUUCCCUGCCAAAAAAAACUGUGCGCCGCCUGCGGUUGCCAUGCUCCCCACGCCUGCAGCAAAUGCAAGGCUAUCCACUACUGCUCAUCAGAGCACCAAAGGGCCCACUGGCCACAACACAAGCCAAACUGCGGAGCCCCAGAAGUAGCCACUGCGAAGCCCUUAACGCAAAUCGUGUUCCCAGAAUUUGAGAUUGUGAUGGACAGCAACCCCGAGGAAUCUGCCGGGGAGGACAAGGACGAUGCGGCUCGUUUGGCGGAGUUCCAAAAGUUGGAGUCCAGCGGGAAGACGGGCGACUUGAGCAAUGUUUCCGAGGCGGAGAUGGACAAGUACUUCGGAAACUCGGCGGCCGCCGAUGACAAGACCUUUCGUCAGUUCAAAAAGCAAACAGCAGCCGAACCCGAUCAGAUUGUGCGCUACAAGCGUGGAGGUAAGCCCCUCUGGAUCACCAAUACCGUCAAAACGGUGGAGGACCAACUUAAGAAGCUGCCCAAUUGCACCGCUUGCGGAGGAGAGCGUCAGUUCGAAUUUCAGAUCAUGCCGCAAGCGCUGACUCUUCUGGAGGACGAAAACCUCGACUGGGGCGUCCUGGCCGUGUACACUUGCGCCAAGAGCUGCCCCAUCGACGGCUACGUGGAGGAGCUUCUAAUCAAGCAGGACAUUGUGGCGGAAGAUGAGAGUUGACAUUAAAAUGCGUACAUUUAAA